AGCAACAGCAGCAGCGAGAGUUUGAUCGCCUGAAAGCUUUCGCCUCACCGCGCCGGAGCACCUCGCUGCGACGCCGUGGAAGGAGUCCGUUCCGGGCUCCUCGCUGAGUAAAACGGAAGCAAUGAUGGAAUCUCUAGACCCUGCAAGUGCAAUACCAUAUGCUGGGGAUACGGCAUUUCAGAUUCACUGCAUAAAGCGAUCAGCAUAUGCUGCUCUGCUGACAGCAUUCUAUUCUCAAUCAGACCUUCUAUCAGGGGCCAAGGAAGGAAGUCUUGCAGAACUGAGAAAUGAGUUUAGAAUAUCUGACACUGAGCAUGAAGAGUAUCUCAUGAAGACUAUCUCAAAUAAGCAUAUCAGGUCUUUAAGUGUUGGUUUGAAAAAGGCAGGCAUUUCUAAUGUUGAAGUUAUUAAGGAUUCUCUAGAUCUUGUACCCAUGAUAAAAGAUGCUCAAGAUACUGCAUUUCAGAUUCACUGCUUGGAGCGAUCAGCAUAUGCUUGUGUGUUAAGAGCUUUCUUUGCUCAGUCAGAACUUCUCACACGGUCACAGGCCAAGCUUCUUACUAAACUGAGAAAAGAACUUAGAAUAUCAGAUGCCGAGCUCAGAGAAGUUCUUGUGAAUGUUACUUCAAAUGAGUAUAUCAAGUCUUUGCGGAAUUGUAGUUUGGCAAACAACUCUGGUCUUAAGGAUUCUGCUUUUGAUACACGUGCCAUGGUUCCUGAUAAGAUUGUCAAAGAUGGACAAGUAUUCAACUCAUUCACAAACAGUUUGGCUCAGGAGUCACAAAUAUAUUCGUGUGCAAUGCCAUUCAUGAGGAGUGUUGACAUAUUAGGCAGCUCCUACAUGACUAAAAAAGAACCCUUCAUGACCAAAAAUCAAUACUGCCUUGAUCCCCAUGCAGUAGUUCCUGCUAAGGAGUUGAAAUCUGGAAAUGGGUGUGCAUUAGCAUACUUAAAAUCCUAUCCUUCUGAACAAUUGCCAGUGGCAGUUCCCUCUGCGCAGAAACGUAGCACAGAUGAUCUGCUUGAUACUAAGACAUUACCUUGUGAAGUUACUGGCUGCAAUCAAUCUCCCAUCCAAUUAAAGCACAGACAAGCAAAUACUGGUCAUGUUCCUUUGUGCAUUCAUCAAGACAUGAAAGCAUCAAUGAAAAGGAAAACUGAAGUGCAAGGAGUGAUGGGAUCUAAGAGCCUGACUGUCAUCGUGCCAAUUAUUGGAAAUAUAGAACAUGGUUUUGACAUCAUCAAGCUUGAGCUAACUGCCAGCCUCCUGAGCAAGGUUGAGAAACUCUUUAGGGAAAAUCCAAACCCAGCUGAUUUAGGGACAGCAAAGGUGGCCCUCAAGGAACAAGAAAAGGUCCUUUUAGAUGCACUUCUUAAACUUUCUGAAAUGUCAUAUGUCGAGGAGUAUUUCAGUACCAGCUACCAGCCAGAUGAGUUCAACCAGCACGAUGAGUGUGAGGGCGACGACGAUGUGCCUCAGAAGUCAGCAAGCACAAACGACAGCGAGACGCCACAAAAACCGGUGAGCUCAAGCGAUGAGGAGGCGCCUCCGCAGCCAGGGCCACGACGUGGUGUGGCCGUGGCCGACAAGGGUAAGGUGGAGCCCUUCAACUCCGGCGGACCAGGCGGCCUCGAUGCAGCAGCGGACCAACCCACUUCUGCCACCACCUGCAGCACAUCACGCACACUGUCACUCAGAUCACAACGCAAGCGCAGUGUCCAGCGCGCGUCUGAACCAGUGGCCAAGCGGACACGGCGCCCUUCCGUGUGGCUCUCAGGGUCGGAAUGGGUCUGGUGAAUUGUGCGCCUGUGUGUCCAGCUGGGAACCCUGCAACGUGAAAUUCACUUGACAAUAUCAUCAUCAUCACUGACCAACUCUGCUGCACAAUAUGCAAGUUUUUGCUGGAGACCUCUGAUCAGGUGAAGUAGAUAGCUCUCGCCUCUGGCAUGCCUUUGUUCUUAGCAGACAGUGGUAUAUAGCUCAUGUAACUACUACCUCAUUCAGAUAUAGGUCCGUCGGUUGUCACUGGGACUGUCUUGACACAACUGCAUGUUCCCUCUAGCUUUAUACAGUACCUCAGACAUUUCAGCAAUUGUGGCAUCAUUUUGUGUUUUCCCCAGAUUGGAAACAGGGUGCUAAAUUGGUGACUUUAGUUGUGUACUGAAUUAGGCUGGAUUCUGAGGCAGCUUUAAGAUGUUUGUUGCUGGGACUAUCCCUGCACUGCAGUUCUGGAAAGUGGUCACUGCCUUUGCCCA